GCCGCGCGCAGCAGCAGCAGCUCCGCGGGAAUGAGGUGAGGAGCGGGCGCGCGCACCGCGCUGAGGAAACUUUACCCCGGUACUACACAACCCAAUAAAGCACGGAAUCCGCGGCGGAACCGGGUCAGUCUGCGGGCGGCGGGGCGGACGGAUCGGCGGUGCUGAGUGGGAGGAUGGUGAAGGCGGAGAUAAGUUGAACCGAACCGAACCGAGACCCGGCGGGUUUACUGUUCCCUCACCCCGCGGCUCCGGGUCCCUCAGCCCGGCAGCGCCAGGUUACCUCAGCGGCUUUACCGCGGGUUCUCCGCUCUGUGUGAAGCUGCAGGCCGCCAUCCCUAAGCAAAGAGACGGAUUUUACUGUUUUUAACGCGUUUAUAUAAUUUAAAACACUUUUUACCGGAGAGAAGAUGAAUUUAUCCCGGUUGAAUAAGUUAGCAGGCGGGUGUUUAGCCUAGUAUCCCUAUAGUUAGUAGUUAGCCGGUUAGCGGAGCGGAGCUAACUGUGCUAAUAUACAAACCGACGCUCUGUUUUCCCUAAAAUUCCACCUUAAAUCCCACAUUUUCCCUGCUGCGGGGUCUAUGUUCCUCCACAGUCUCGGUAGUUAACGCUAACGCUGCUGUUUGUGCCACGAAAACAGCGGAGAGACUGCAGGCUGUCUCUGUUUUUAAGGUGGAAUAUAUUUUUAAGGAGGUGUGGGAAAAAUGGAUGCGGGCAUGGAGAAGGAGUGCAGCGCUCUGGGAGGACUCUUCCAAACCAUCAUGAACGACAUGAAGGCGAGUUACCCGGUCUGGGAGGACUUUGUCACGAAAGGAGCCAAACUUCAGUCCCAGCUAAGGACGACCAUCAUCGUAACCGGAUCGUUUCUUGAUGCCUUUCAGAAGGUGGCCGACAUCGCGACGGGAACUCGAGGAGCGACUAAAGAGAUCGGAUCAGCUCUGACCAGAAUGUGUAUGAGACACAGGAGCAUCGAGAGCAAACUCAAGCUCUUCACCGCGGCUCUUAUGGAUAAUCUGAUUGGUCCUCUGGAGCUGAAGAUUGAGGAGUGGAAGAAAGUGUCGGGUCAGCUGGAUAAAGAUCACGCCAAAGAAUAUAAGAAAGCUAGAGCCGACAUCAAGAAGAAGUCCUCAGACACGAUCAGGCUGCAGAAGAAGGUGAAGAAAGGUAAGGACGAGGUGCGGAUGCAGUUGGACAGCGCUCUACAGGAUGUGAAUAUUCGUUAUGCUGAGUUGGAGGAGACGGAGAAGAGAGCUGUGUGCAGAGCGCUGGUAGAGGAGAGAGGACGAUUCUGCUCCUUCGUUACCAUGCUGAAACCUGUCCUGGAUGAGGAGAUCGGGAUGCUCGGGGAGGUAACUCAUCUACAGUCGAUUCUGGAGGAUCUCUGCAGUCUGACUGCAGAACCAAACGCUUUACCACCUGCCAGUGAACAGGUAAUUCUUGAUCUGAAGGGCUCAGACUACAGCUACUCUUACCAAACCCCCCCUGCCUCCCCCAGCAACACACUGUCCCGCAAGAGCAGCAUCAGCAGUAACUACGCCUCAGUGCGUCAUGUUCCCUCUCUGGACUCCAUCUCCAGCGCUGUGGACGGACUUCACCUCCGAGAGACCAGACAGCGCUCUCCCACUCCUCUCCUCUUGGUUGGGGGAGAGGGGGGUUCUCGUUCUCUCAGUGAGGGGAAUUCUCCCACAGCUCUUCGCUCUGGCCAACGUGGCUCUCGUGGCCCCCGGGGGCCCCGGCUUCGCCACAGGACCACUGAUCAGAGUGGUGUGAACACUCAGUCCUGGGCGGGUCAGACUGUUCCGGGAACAGAGAACGGUACGGGCAUGCCGCCUCCUCACCUGCCGUACAGCGGAGAGCGGGUCCGAGCCCAGUCCACCUCCGGAAAGCCUCAGUCAGCGCGGGAGCAGCUGGCGCUGACUCUGAGCGGAGGAUUAAACUCUGAAGCUCCUCGGACGAGCCGGGACUCUCUGCACUGCUCCAGCGGCUACAGCACCCAGACCACCACCCCGUCCUGCUCCGAGGACACCAUCCCGUCCCAGCACGCUGUAAAGAAAGAACCUCCUCUAUAUGAUUAUGACUACAUCUCUCUGCACGGAGGAGACGACACCCACAGCCAGUCUGACUUCGAUAAGUCCUCCACCAUCCCGCGGAACAGCGACCUGAGCCAGAACUACCGCAAACUCUUCCAGAACAAGAGACCGGCCUCCACCGUCAGUCUGCUGGUGGACCCUGAGCCCCUCCUGCAGCCCCAGACCGCCACCAUCCGCCGAAAACCAUCCAGCAAACCCAGCAUCCGCCGGGGGACCAUCAGCGGCGGCGUGCCCAUCCCCAUCUGCACCCCACAGGUCCCCCUGAAGCCGUCAGUGUCUACAGUAGGCCUGGCUUCAGCCCGCAGCGGCAGCGAGGAGGCGAUGUGCCCCCCAGCGCCGGCUCAAACCCCCCGCACCCACGGCUCAGACCUGGCACACGCCAAACACACCCUCUGCACCUCCACCCAGAGUCUCAGCGCCAUGCCUCCACCCUACUACUCCAUGUUCCCCGGCCAGCCCCCCGCCGGCAGCACUGAGCAGCUGUACCAACUCAGCAAACAGCAGCAGUACGCCCUUCACCAGCAGCAGCAGCGCCAGUACCAGCAACAGUACAACCAACACAACCAACAACAUCAACAACAACAACAUCAACAACAGCAACAAUAUAAUCAACAGCAACACCAACAACAUCAACAGCACCAAAAUAAACAACAACAACACAACCAACAACAGCAAUAUAACCAACAACACCUGCAGCAGCAACAACAACCGCAGUACAAUCAGCAACCACACCAACAACAACAAUACAAUCAACAACAGCAACAACAGCAUCUUUACAACCAACAGCAGCUGCAACAGAAUCAGCAGCUCUACAGUGAAACUCGACAGCCUCCACAAUACCAACAAAAGUACAACCCAGCACUACAACACCAACAACACCCACAACUACAUCAGCAGCAUCAGCAGGCACCUCAAAAACUGCCUCAGCAGCAGCAGGAACCCCCCCAACACCCGGUACAGCACCAGCCCGUCAUCCACCACCUCCAACAACAGAACAGCCUGCAGCAGCAGCAGCACCCAAACCCCACAGGUGAGGAGCACCUGCACGGUGCUGCUGAACCCGAUCAGACCCCGAUCAGUGAGGGAGGAGACAUGCUGAAAAUGAUUCGCCGAGGAGUGAAGCUUCGCCGGACUCUCACCAACGACCGAUCCGCUCCUCUCAUCACCACCAACUAUCUCGACUGACCCUCCUCCUCCUCCUCCUCCUUUAGUUUAUUUUAUUUUUAUUCUCUUUUGUUCUGUGAGCCGUUCAUUCGGCUGUGUGUCUCCGUGCUGUAUAAACUAGAGUCAUCCCGCUGCACUGUGUUUAUUCACCAAGCUGCAGGAGCGUCUCACGCAGCAGGAGCGUCUCACGCAGCAGGAGCGUCUCACGCAGCAGGAGCGUCUCACGCAGCAGGAGCGUCUCACGCAGCAGGAGCGUCUCACGCAGCAGGAGCGUCUCACGCAGCAGGAGCGUCUCACGCAGCAGCAGCGUCUCACGCAGCAGCAGUGUGUCCGUAUGAAUGUCCGCUCUCCAUAAAUUAAGGAUGUUAAUUCUGCAGUGCUUUGUUUGUUUGUUUGUGUGCGUUUAUAGAGAUAUAGACACAGAACUGGAGCGUACAGUAAUAAUAGAGUUGUUUAUAUCGUCAGUGAGCGAGUCAUCUCUUAUCUCUUAUUACAGUCAGAUAUAUGAAGAUGGGUAUGUAUAUAUUAGUGAAACAUGGAAAAAUAUAAUUUUUAGCUGGUUUUCUUUAGUUUUAUUAGACUAAUUGGCUCCUGAGUAUCUAUUUUUGUAUAGUUGUAACUGCAGGGUAACAGAAUACGGCUCCACUGCCUCUACCUGCCCAAAGACUGGACUUUAGAUAACUGAACAAAAGGUGUAUAAAGAGUACAGGUGAGGUGAUGAAGGAAGGAUGGAUGGAAACGUUGGACUCUUCUUCUUCUUUUGUUGCUGAUUACGAUGCGUCACUGUGGAUAUUUAUUCUGAAUCGUUCGACUCCUGUUUAGUUCUGACUCUUCUUCACCAAAGCGCUGAAUCUUAUUAAAGCCCUUCAUUAAACCUGUAAAACUUCCCGCCUCCGGAGCGUCAGGACGUCGCAGACGGGCGGCGGCGAGGCAGCAGACUGUUUGUGGACGUUUUUGGUCUGCGGUUAAAUUUCUACUCUUUAAUUAAACCCGACCUGUUUUUCAGAGACUUUUUUUCUGGAAUCUCUUAAUUUAUAUUUCUCUGAUUUAUUUUCCAGUUGGUAAAAUUGUUUUGCAGAAUUUAGAGUUUUGAGUUGUUUUUUUAUGUGUUUAAAGAGGCAUUCAGGUUAAUGCUGUCAGCUGUUCUGAUUACAAAAGGCACAACGACAAGAACACUGUUCUAUUACAGACACUAGUCUAGCGCAAAAUAAAAGUCCUUUUAUAUCAUUCAUCUGUAGAGCAAUAUACACGUCUGUACAUAAUAUUAGUACACGCCUAUAAUAAUAAUAAAAAUACUGUUUUGUUUUUGUACUUUUUAAAGACGAUGCCACUUAAAACGAAUGAAAUGGAUCAGCUGUGGAAGAGCGCCCCCUCCCUGUGAGCUCCAGAUUUACACAGAGACGAGAGUGAGAUUUAUCAGGAGCUGUAAUUUAAUCACAUUCCUGUUUUCCAUUACAAUCAUCACAUUGCUGAGCUCUCUAAAGUGGCCUUUAAGCUUUAACUGUGGUGAAGAGCAGCAGGUCUGGGGCUCGACUCGUGGUUUUCAGCUGUUGUGAAAUCAGAAGUUUGUGUUUUUUUUCCCCCAAAGCUGUAGUUUUUUUUAAUGUUUAGAAAUGAUAUAUUGUGUACCGUUAAUGUUUUGUCCCGCUUUAAAAUUUUAUGCUUUAAUGUUUAUAUUUUAUUUUUUUUUAUCUCUUUUGUCCACAGUCCUCAAUUCUUAUAUUUUUUAGACUUUUAUUUCUUCUGUUUUAAUGCAUUUCUUUGAGAUCUGGCUGCAGAGGAAAGUCACUUUUGGUUCUUUUCUUGUUCUGAUUGAUUUAAUUUCCCACUUUAAAGAAAGCUAAUGCCGGUCAGGAGCUUUCAGACCCGAGAGCAUCGUCUAAUAAAACCUGAGAAUUAUAAGAAAGAAAUAUUAGAAAUACUAUUAAAUACUGUAAAUGCCUACAUAAUUAUAUGAUUUAGGAUUGUGAUCAGAGACAUUCAGAGUGGGUUUAGUGAGUUUUUUUCACUGUGGUGAUGAAUAGAACCUCUAAAAGCUCCCUCACACGUAUUACACCAUUAUUAAGUUAUUAUUGCACCACAUGUUUGUGAAUUUACAGCCUGAUGACUGAGAUUUUUGGGUCUAAAACCUGUUUUUAAAAAUUAAAAGUUAAGAUGGAGAGAGAAGUCUCUGCAGGGCUUUGUGCACGGAUUAAUUGUGAUUUGGCAUCAUUAGCUUUUCCUUAUAAAACUCUUUUUUAAGUUAAAUUAAAUGUUUGGUUUGGGAAGUUAUUAAACGCUCUGUUCUGUUCUCCACCCUGAAAAGAAAUUCAACCUAAACCAGAACGUUUCUCUACAGUGAAGCAAAAUUUCACACAAAAACAGCUCUGAAUGAGUUUAUCUCAAACACUGAACAGAUCCACAGCUUCUAAAGAUCAGCAGUAUUUCUUUCUUUUCCUCGGAUAUUAAAACUCGUUUGGAUGAAGUUUGUUUGGUCAGGAAUAAAGUUCCUUCAUUGUUUGCAGUUCACUGUUGAUUUUGUUUGAUGAAAGUAGAAGCUGUUCAUUCGUUUUAAUGAUUUGAAUUUUAUUGCUCUGAAAGUGAGUUUUUAAUUUGUUUUUUCUUUAAAUUAUUCAUUACAUUUAAAGGCAGAUUAUUUGAGCUCCAGUAAUUUUCUGCUGCUCUUAUUUCUUUUAUUCUGAUUCAUUUCUAAAUCCACUCUUCCCCUGUCGCUCCGUUACACACCGACAGCCUCUGCAGUUUCUCUACACGUCCAACCGUGUUUAAACAGAUCUUAUAAUUGUGUGUUUAAGGUGGACUCAUCGCUGAUUCAGACAUUAACCAUAUAAUCUCCAGAAUAAAGUUCUGGUAUUGACCAAUGGGAGGCUCUGGAUCAGCUGAAGAAAACAGAACAAUUCCCACUUCCGCAGUUUAAACUCUGUAUAUAAACUGCAGAGUAUAAACUGGCCUUUAGAGAGGCAGAACUGAUCCAGAAUCAGUACCUGACCUCACUGAUGAUCCCUCACGCUCUCAGGCUGAAUACAAUCAAAUCAUUUUACAGUGCAGUCGAUGUUCCAGCGUCUGUUUCAGUAGAAACUCUGGUAUCUCCUGGACGUGUAGUGAAGCUGUAAUGUGGUGUAUUUUAGUUCAGUUCAGCAGGAGUUAAACUUCUCUAAAAGGCCUUCAGCUUCUCUUUAUCCAAACCUGUAAAAAUAUUAGAGAAGAUAAACCUCAGAUCAGCCAGAUAAUAAUCCAGAGAUUUUCCAGGUCUGUGGAAUCCCAAAGAUAAUGUGUUUAUCUCUGGAUGAGAGUGAAGUUUCAGUCUGUUCUGUUUCCUCUGAUCGAGCUGAAGGUUGAGGUUCCUUUGAGUUCCUUCGAGGAUUUUUCUGGUAAAAGGAGUGAAAUUAAAAUGAAUUUGAGAUCAUUUUUUCUCCUGAAGGUUGAAGGCGAAGAAACUCUUUACUGUUUUAUUUUAUAAUUAUUUGUUUUGUUUAUUAUUUUGUUUUUAUUUUUGCAUUAGUUAAUUUCCAUAUGAUCCUCAUGUUUGUUUAAAUAUCAAAAUUAUUCAGGGUUAAUUUCCACACCUCUGGUUUUCCACCUCUUUCUGUCACUGUGCCUUUAAGAUCAAUUAUAUGUAAUUGUGCUCUGUUCUGAUUGGCUGUGCCUCAUUUAUAAAGUCCGAGUCCAGACUGGGCUGAGCUGCUGAAUAAUGAAUAUAAAGUUAAAUAAAUACAGUGUGAUUAAAUGAUCAUAUAAAACUAUUAGUGCGGCUCUAGAGAAAACAGGUGUAGUAAAUUCACUAAAGUUUAUCAUUAGAAGAGAGAUUUGCAGGUCUGGUGUGUCUGAAUAGUAUUUAUAUAAAAAACACUCACUGUUUAAAACUUAAAACUGGUCUCCCAAACUCAUGAUCAGAAUCAUAUAUUCAUAUAUUUUUAUAUAUAAAAAUGUCUUUCUAUAUGUAUCUAAAAUUGAAAAGCAAUAUCCCAGUGGAUCAGUAUAUAAAAGUGUAGAUUUAUCACCCAAAACUAACAGUUAAUUCAGACGUUAUUUAGGAGGAUUUAGAUCUCUGCACUCUUAGAAAAAUAAAAGCAUUUGACGAAAUUAAUUUUUAGGACCAUUUGGGUACUUAAUUGAUUUGUUAGAUGGUUAAAAUGCUGGAGUAAAUUUUAUGUAGAAACUAUUUUAAUAUUUUUUACACCACCAAAAAUAUUUAACUGCCGUUGGGAGCCAUUUUCUGCACUAAACAAACCCUUUUUGCUUGAACUUCACCUUAAAAUGCUGUUUCUGUUAGUAAGGGCUUUGGUUUGUGUUCACUUACAGUCGAUGGAAUUCAUCUCUAUUGAUUAGAAUUCCCCACUUACAGCCCAGAACAACUUUAUUACAGAAUCUUCCAGGACUUCUUCUAAAACCUCUGUAGGCUUUGUUUGGGGUCACUGUCCUGCUGGAAGGUCCAGUUAUGCUUCAGCUUCAUCUCAGAAGUCGUGAUAUUUAUCUUAGGAUUUCAUGAUUCUUUCAGGGUUGAGUUAAUCUUCCCUUCAGUUAUAAAGUUCUUACGGUUCCAGAGCUUCACCUCCUGCUUCAGUCUGAUCCUCCAGACCAACCGCUGAUCCAUCAAACCCAAAAUCUCCUGCUGUUUCAGAUCAGAACAGAUCAGAACCUCUAUCUGACCCGUCCGACUCCUUCAGUCCAGUUUCUUUAAAUCUGAAUUUGAGAUUGAUUCUUCCAACUAAAUCAUCCCGUCUUUGCUCUGAUUUUCUCUCAGUUCCUUGUUUGUUUUCUCUUCUGUAAUUUUUAAGUCCAUUUUUUGCCUUAUUUCAUUAUUUCUAACCUGCAGUCAAACAUCCGUCAAUAAACUCAUUUAUCUCCAUUUACAAAUAAAAAGCCCCUUAAAUCGUCAGCAGAUUCACAUAUAUGUAGUUAUUAACGAUUCUAUUUAAGGGAUAAAUAAUUCUGAGAUUGCAGAGACAGUUCAGGUCUCUGGGUGUAAAAUAAAGAAAUUGAUUCACAGUAAACAUUUCAGGCUAAAUAAAAGUAUAAAUCUUUUCUCAAUUUUCUAAUAUUUCAAUUUUUGGAUCUUCUGACAAAAAUCUGAUGGUAUAAUAAAAAAAUGGAAAAAUCAGAAAACCAAGAAAGUUGUGAAAUGAAACAAGAAAAUUGAGAAAAUACAUGAAAAGCCAUUUUCUUCUUCUUCUUAUAUUAACUGGAAAAAAUUGAAUAAUAUUACAGUAAAAGUUUUUCACCCAGUUUUAUUUUUCAUUUGUUUUAUUAGUACUUUUGAGCUGUUUAAAUAUCCUCUUAUUUAAUUAGUUAAUUGCAAACUGCUGAAAAUGUGUAUAUUUUGCUAAUGAACUAAAAUUGCAGUGAUUUAUUGAGUUAUUUCAGUUGCAUCUGUAGAAACAUCACCACUCAGAAGAACCGAUUGGGUCUUUGCUGGUCAAAUUCUCUUCAUAUUGGUGGAAAAACGUUAAUAACGGUUUAAAACUCUUUAUAUAGACUUUAGCAGGAAUCAGAACUGGUGUUGAGCAGUUUAGUCUCUGCAGUCGGAGCUGGAGUGUCGCUGCGCUCGCGGUUCAGAAGCUCUGCGGUUUAUCUCUGGUGUUUGGGAGAGAGGAGCUCGUGAUGUUGUUGCUGUUUCUCUCUGUCUGUUUAGUCGAUGCCUUAAACUGAAAUGUGGGUUUGGAAAAUAAACCAGUGUUCAAAAAUCGA